CCAGGUGAUGGGUUAUGAGUGGAUUAUACUAAAAAUUAAUGUUUUAUCAAUCCGCAUAAAAAGGUAAAAAAACAGCUACUUCAUUAUUGUAGAACAUACCUUGCCGGAUUUCUGCAAGAAUUGAUGCCUCUUUGGCAGUUUAAUAUACUUUAACAGUCCUAGCUUCAUAUUUAAGGUGAUAUAAUUAUAUAAAUGACAACCCUAAAUGUAGGCCAGGAGAGCUGCUAGCAGCGCUUUAAGGUUGCCCCUGACCUAGGUCCAGCUACAUUCAGAGGUAUAUGAGCUCUAAGACAUUUUGCCGGCAAAGAGUUUCCAAAAAUUGAUUUUAAUUUCCUAUGAUUUGGCUGGCUUUCUUAAUUUUGUGACAAAUUUUAUUAAAUUUUAGUAAAUUUUUUUAAAUUAUAAGAGAUUUAUCAUGAAUCACUCGUGUUUUAUAUAAUAAAAAUGAGCGAUUCAUGGUCCAAGGAAGUGUGAACUGUUAGUGCAUGAAUCACUCCUUAUAAUUAUAUAAAGGUACCGCUUAGGUUCUUUUGUAACAUCAACCCUAGGAGAGUGAAAGGAAAACAAAGAAGAACUUGAAGGAAACAUAAGAACGAUUUAUCACAAAUUUUAUUUACCACACAAAAGUCUAGUUGUUAUCUACUAGAUCUCUGAGUGUGUAUCCAUUGGACAAUUUAACAUUUAUCAGGUAUAUAAUCUACAGAAAUAAGCUUGUGCUAAUGCUCGAGCUUAUUGAAAUCAUAAACUAUCCUGUCAUUUCAUUCAAGAAUAGAAUAAGUGCUAAUUUCUGAAUAUUUAUGACCUGGGAGGGCUAUCCGAGCAAGGAAGGCUCUGACCCACUGCAUUAGUUAGUAGAUAAUAUGUAGUAUAUAAGCAUCUGGUGACUACAUUCCUUUGAGAAGUGUGAAGUUCUCUCCUCUAAUUCCCACUUUACUUUUAUUAUUAUAAUAAUCAAU